CGCCCUACUGGCCCGGAGGCGUACCGGAAUGUCAAGGAGCUCCGCCCCGUCGGCAACCACGCGCUCAAGGAGGCCUGGGAAGGCAACCUGGCUCUCAAGCUCCACGCCCUUCUGGACUCGAUGAAGGUGAAGUGGACUAGCACUGACGUCGUCCGCAUCGGGAACAGCGGAGAGUCUUCCGCCCCCGUCAUCCUCUGGAUCGGCGUGAUGCCCGCAUCUCUCUCCGGCAAUGACGGCGUCGUCGUAGCCUCCAAGUGCCGGGAGCUUCUUGUAGAAUCCAAUAUCGCCGACGUCGACGUUGAGAUCCGCGAGUCGGUCGUUACCCGCUCGGCCGGUCCCAAGCUCCUCACGUCCACCUACUCUUCCGACUCCACCGUAGAUGUCCGCGAACCUCUUACCACUACGCUCGGUCUCCCCAUCUGUGCUCAGUCUACACCUUGGGUUCAGGGUACUGGCGGCUUCUUCAUUACUGAGGGCGGGAAUACCGAGAGGCUCCUCCUCAACGAGAAUAAGCACUUCGAGCGUAAGAACGACAGCCAGCGCCGUUAUAACGUCAGGCUCUUCGGCGAUGCGGCGUUCAACAAGCACCUCAAAUCUAUCAAGGCCGAGAUCAGAGGCAAGGCAAUUAUCGCCCAGCAUCAGGAGAGACGUAUUAGGGCGGUUGAGGGGAAGAACAACCUGGCAGCGAACAAGGAGCGCAAGAAGGCCCAGGCCGAGUUGGACGAGGUGAAGGAGGCGAUGGAAGAGCUCAACACCUUUUACCAGAACGUUUCGACUCACUGGGCCACCCCGGAGAGCCGCGUUCUGGGCCAUGGUUAUACUGAGGACUGGGCCGUCAUCGAGGUCGACGCCUCCAAGGUCGACGUGAGCAAUUUCAACGGCAAUGCCAUCGACCUCGGUACCCACAUCCCAGCCGACGAGUUCACUUGUAUGAUGUGCCCCAAUCCCCGGAAUCCCCAUUCCUUCGUGUAUCCGGACGACCGUCUUCUGAGGCUCAAGGGCACUAUUCCGGACGACGAGAUGCGUCACCCGACUGCACUCGACCAGAACGACGACCCAUGCCUUAUGGUGAUCAAGCACGGUAACACCACCAACCUGACCGUCGGCCGUGCCAACGACAUUUGCUCCUACGCCCGUAACUACUACAACGAUGACAAAGCCGAGACUUCCAAAGAAUGGGCCAUCCUCCCGUUCGACUCCAAGUCCGGCCCCUUCUCGGCCAAGGGCGACUCGGGUUCUGUCAUCGUCGACGGCCAAGGGCGCAUCGGCGGCCUCCUCACCGGCGGUGCUGGCGCCAUGUCUUCCUCAGACAUCACCUACGCCACGCCCAUCAGCUUCCUCCUCAAGCGCAUGCAAGAAAACGGACUCCACAAGCCCAACAUCAACCCGGUCCUCACCGCCUAGACGCAUUCACCAGAUUGACUCCCAGCGUAAUUCAGCAAUUUAUCCUGGAGACGCUGGCGGUCUCUGUACUUGACCCUUGUGACGUACUCGACCUUUUGUGACGAAAUGAUAUUGUGACUUAGUGUGUUUUAACUUACGUGCGAUGGACUGAAGCGUGA